ACAAAGCGACAACAACAACCACAAGAUUCUACGCCACAGACCCCUUCUAAAUCCCGUACCGGUGAUAAUAAUGAUAAUAAACAUAAAAAUCAAACUAGUAUUAUCGAUCAUGGCAUUGAAAAUUUAGUUGAUCCAAAUAUUGGAGCUGUUAAAUCUGUUCCACCAACAAAACAUGAUGAAGAUGAUGAUGAUGAUUCUAUAAGUAAUGAUCAUCUGAUCGAUAGAAACCCCACCACUAAUGAAUCACCAUUAUUGAAAAACGAAUACAAAGAUGAAGUUGCGAAACCAAACAAUGCUUCAAACAGUAACGAUCAAAUAAAACCACCAGCACCGUACGAGAGGCUAUGG